GAAGAGAAAGAAGCGCGUGAACAGGUGGACCGCAGAUUGGAGAGGCGGCAGCUGUUGCUGGGAGGCGGCGGCGGAGGGCGGAGGAGUCCGGAGCGGAGCGGAGCGGAGCGUCGCGUCGCUGCUGUGGAGGAGAGACAGGACAGGUUGGACGGGUUUCUCCCUUCUUAAUACCGGUCUCUCUCCCGGUCUCCCCCCCCCCCCUUACCCAUUCACAUGCACACCUACGGUGGGCGGAAAGGAAGCAAACAGGGGAAAGGGGGUGAAAGGAUUUCCCGUUUUAUUCGCGUUCGGCCCCUGGAAUUUGAAGAUGGCCGAGGAAGAUGAGUUCUAUGGAAAGCAUGGUGAACCAAGGAAGUAUGACCCCACCUUCAAGGGCCCAAUCCAGAGCAGGGGCUGCACAGACAUUGUGUGCUGCAUCCUCUUUAUUCUGGCCAUAUUGGGUUAUGUGGCGGUGGGAAUACUCGCCUGGUCCCAGGGCGACCCCAGGAAAGUGAUCUACCCCACAGACAGCAGAGGUCAGUUCUGUGGGCAGGCCGGCACCCCAUUAGAGAACAAGCCACUGUUGUUUUAUUUCAACAUCAUGAAGUGUGCCAGCCCCAUGGUGCUACUUGAGUUCCAGUGUCCUACCACACAGAUAUGUGUGGAGAAGUGCCCUGAUAAGUUCAUGACUCUCUUCAAGGCUCACGCCGGCAAGCAGGAUUUUGACUAUUACAAGAAAUUCUGCAAAGAAGGGGUGACAAGAGACAAGCCUGUACCAAACAUCUUGCAGGAAGGUCUAUGUCCAGCUAUGCUGACCCCUAGCAAGCCAUUCACUCGGAGGUGUUUUCCGGCCCUGGGCCAGAAAGGAGGAAAGAUCACUGUGGGAAACAGCUCCCUCUUUGAAGACGGUUUUGGGGUCAUGAGAGAUGCCAAGGAUUUGGUGGAUGCAGUCAAGAAUGUCACAGUGGUGAUCGAGGCUCGUCAGGUGGUCAUGAAAAUCUUUGAGGAUUACACACGGUCUUGGUACUGGAUUCUCAUAGGAUUGGUGAUUGCCAUGCUCACCAGUCUCCUCUUCAUCAUCCUCUUGCGCUUCCUGGCGGGAAUAAUGGUCUGGGUCAUGAUCGUCAUGGUGAUCCUGGUCAUAGGAUACGGUAUCUUUCACUGCUACAUGGAGUAUGCCGCUCUGAAGGAGGAGCCCGGCGCUGAUGUGACACUACAGGACCUGGGCUUCCAGACGGACUUCUCCGUCUACCUGCAGAUCAGACAAACCUGGCUGGCCUUCAUGAUCAUUCUGGCCAUCGUGGAGGUUGUAAUCAUCCUGCUACUCAUCUUCCUCAGGAAGAGGCUCCUGAUUGCCAUUGCGCUCAUCAAAGAGGCCAGCAGAGCCAUCGCACAUGUGAUGUCCUCCCUUUUUUACCCCCUGUUCACCUUCGUCCUCCUGGCCAUGGUCAUUGCCUACUGGGCCGUCACUGCCGUUUUCUUGUCUACCUCCAAUGAGCCCGUCUACAAAGUGUUCAAUGACACGGCCUGUGAGCACUCGAGGAAAACGUGUGACCCAGCUAACUUCACCACCAGCCAAAUGAGAAAAGACUGCCCUGAGUCUGACUGCUUGUUUGCCUUCUACGGUGGAGAGACGGUCUACCAUAAGUACCUGAUUGGCCUGCAGUUCUACAAUGUCUUCCUCUUCUUCUGGUGUGCCAACUUUGUCACGGCUUUGGGGCAGAUGACCCUGGCAGGUGCCUUUGCCUCUUACUAUUGGGCCUUUGUCAAGCCGGAUGACAUGCCCGCCUUCCCAAUCUUCUCUUCUCUCGGGAGAUCUCUCAGGUAUCACACAGGUUCCCUGGCGUUUGGUUCCCUCAUCCUCUCCAUCGUUCAGAUCAUCAGGGUCCUCCUGGAGUAUCUGGACCACAAGCUUAAAGGGGCCCAAAAUAAGUUUGCCAAGUUUCUUUUGUGCUGUCUGAAGUGCUGUUUCUGGUGUCUGGAGAAAUUCAUCAAGUUCCUUAACAGAAAUGCCUACAUUAUGGUGGCGAUCUACGGUAAAAACUUCUGCACAUCUGCAAGAGAUGCCUUCUUCCUCCUCAUGAGGAACAUGAUCAGGGUCGCCGUGCUCGACAAAGUGACGGAUUUCCUCUUGUUCUUGGGCAAACUCCUCAUUGUGGGACUUGUUGGAAUAUUUGCAUUCUUUUUCUUCUCUGGGAGAGUGAAGGCGUUCGAAGACACGGCACCCCAUCUCCACUACUACUGGGUGCCCAUCCUGACCGUUGUGGUUGGUUCCUACCUAAUCGCCCACGGUUUCUUCAGCGUGUACUCCAUGUGUGUGGACACACUCUUCCUCUGCUUCUGCGAGGACCUGGAACGCAACGACGGGUCAGCUGCCAGGCCUUAUUACAUGUCUUCAACGCUCCACGAGAUUUUGUGGAAGGACAAAGCCGAGGAGCCGUCUGGGACGCCGGCGCGACCUCAGCCGCCGGAGGACGAGGAUGUCCCGCUGAAACGACACCAGACGCACACGCAAGAUGGGGGGGAGGCGUAGUUUUAGUCGAUUAGCGGAACGGGGCAAACGCACCGUCGGUGUCCACCGCCACUAGGUUGUGCGGGUCGCACACAAAGUCAAUUUCCGCGACGCUUUUUUUUUUUUUAAUUGUAAACAAGAACUGGCGAUACUUGUGAUACGAAAUUCAGUAGUGAUGGUUAUUUCAUGUUUUGUUUUAAGUUUUCACACGGUCACAGACCAACAACAUGCAGAAUCUGCUGACACGGAGCACAACUUCAGCCGGGACAGGGAUUCAGUGUCUCUCUUAAAGCGACUAUCCUGAAGAUGCUUGUCUGGUGACCGCGUCGGUGCUCGACCAGUCUAAAUCCUAGAGAGCCGCUUAAAAAAAGAAAAGAAAAGAAACUUAAGUCACCGGAGCGGUCGUAUCAGCAACUUAGCUGCAGCCAGACGCUAUAAAACAUGGUUGAAUCUUGAGUUUUAGCUGCAGAUGUUAUGGUGUCUUGACCAGCUGGGUCUACCGUAACUGCCAACCGGCUGCAACCAUGUCGCCUUGUCUUCAAACUCACAGCCACCUGCCUCGUUUUCCAGCAUUUGGCCGCCACGCUGAAGAUGUACACACUAUGCACCUUAACAUCAGAAGGUCUUACCUGUUAAUUACCAAUAAAAUGAGCAUACUUUGGGGGCAUUUAUUGUCUUAAAUACAGUGUGGCAGCAGGUGGUAUCAAAAAUCAUCAGGAUUGUGGCUUUAAGGUCACUAAAGAGGGAAUAUAAACGGGUCUCCGGUAAUGACGAGGGUUUGUCAGCUGUGUUCAGGAGUAUCUGGGUUCUGUACUGACCCGUGUCAUGUAGGAAUAUCUGGGUUCAGGAGUAUCUGGGUUCUGUAUUGACCUGUGUCAAGUAGGAAUAUCUGGGUUCAGGAGUAUCUGGGUUCUGUAUUGACCUGUGCCAUGUAGGAAUAUCUGGGUUCAGGAGUAUCUAGGUUCUGUAUUGACCCGUGUCACGUAGGCACGAGUGUGCAUGAACCCGCUCGAAUCCGAAAUGGGUUUACCUCGAUGGAAAUGGUUAGAAAUGUCUUGCAGGAAGUUUCCCCCGUUGACAACUUGGUCCGUCUUCCUCAGCCGUGUUGUCGAGGUGUCACGUUGUCGUCCCGACACAUGUAACGGGAGCUUUGUGCGCACCGAAAAACUGUUGAGAUGUUAACGCUCAACUAACUUUCUUGAUGGCGCGGAGUGUAUGGCCCGUUUCUUAGGUAAUUUUGACAUUUUAGGACUUUGCCUUUUCUUUUUCUUUUUUAAAGUAGUUUCUUUACCGCUGCCUUCGGCCAGUAUAAACUUGAACCCCAUUAUGUGCCUAGUUUGCCGUUUACAGUUGUACUACAAAACCCAGGAGUCUAUCAAUGCUACUAUGUUAAUAUGCACUACUGUCGAUGCACUGUUUAGUGUUUUUACUCACUCGUCUUACGAAGCCAAACGUGAUGUCAUAUCUACCGAGUACUCGUUAAUGUUAAUUGCAGUACACGUUAAAGUACCUCCUUGCCGUGAAACCUGGGAUUAGCAGUGCGGUCUGUCCGAUGGAGACUUCUUACUGGGUCUCCGGUGGGAGAAGUCAUGGGAUUCAAAACGCCUAAAUGCAGACUCUAGCCUUUGUUUUUGUUUUUUUGGUUUUCCAGCCUGCACAUAGGCAGUUAGUCUCAACCAAUUAAAGAUGCCACUGUUUCUCUAAUCUGCCUUGUCAACUUGUUUUUGCUGCUUUUUGAAAAGUGUGGAUUGGAAGCGAGCCAAGGUAAUUCCUGUUCUAGACUAACUGGAUUGUUUUGAACACGUUAAUCAUAAUAACGUAACAAUAACAUUAAAAAAAAAUCCUUUUUGGCUUUGCCUGUCCAAAGUGCCUUCGCUAUGUUAGGAAUUUGCAUUGAGAUUCACUUAACUUCUUCGAUGGGGCGUCCGGGUGGCGUGGCGGUCUAUUCCGUUGCCUACCAACACAGGGAUCGCCAGUUCGAAUCCCCGUGUUACCUCCGGCUUGGUCGGGCGUCCCGACAGACACAAUUGGCCGUGUCUGCGGGUGGGAAGCCGGAUGUGGGCGUGUGUCCUGGUCGCUGCACUAGCGCCUCCUCCGGUCGGUCAGGGCGCCUGUUCAAGGGGGGGGAGGGGGAACUGAGGGGAAUAGCCUGAUCCCCCCACGCACUACGUCCCCCUGGCGAAACUCCUCACUGUCAGGUGAAAAGAAAUGGCUGGCGACUCCACAUGUAUCGGAGGAGACAUGUGGUAGUCUGCAGCCCUCCCCGGAUCGGCAGAGGGGGUGAGGCAGCGACCGGGACUGCUUGAACGAGUGGGCUAAUUGGAAGGGUACAACUGACAAUUGGGGAGAAAAGGGGGCGGGGUG